CUGGCACAUCUAUUAGUGAGUCUAUUAAUCUGCUGUACUGUAGGGGGACCUCAAGUACAACCACAGAACAUCACAGAGUACAGCGACACUCCCACCUGUAACUCUUCACAUCUCUGUUGUUACGUCACACCUCCCAUCACACAGACUGACAGUGACUCUGGUCUCUAAGUUCAUGUUGCUCACAACACAAUAAUGAUCACAGCUGGUCUGAUCAAACUCUCUGCAGCCGCUCUGCUCUGGAUUGUAGGUCAAAGCGAUGGGAGUGAUGUCACCCAGACCCCUCUGCUGUGGAAGGACGAGGGUCAGUCUGCCACAAUGAAAUGCAGUCACACUAAGGAGAGUUCAUAUCGGCAGAUGUACUGGUACAGACAGCUGCCAGGGGAGGGAAUGAAGCAAAUCGUUUUUACAACUGCAUACAGCAAGCAUGAAUAUGAGAGUGGCUUCAGUGAGGACAAAUUUCCAGCAACAAAGAACGAUUCUCAGACUGGAUCUCUGACAGUGGAGAAGCUGCUGCCUGAGGACAGUGGAGUGUAUUUCUGUGCUUGCACUGUGAACACCAAUACAGAGGCUUACUUUGGUGGAGGAACAAAGUUAACUGUUUUAGAAAAAGACCACGAGAUCACUGCACCAACAGUGAAAGUCCUUCAUCCUUCAGCAAAAGAGUGUAAAAACAAGAGAGGCAAUGCGGAGAAGACCAUUGUAUGUUUGGCCACUAGAUUCUACCCAGACCAUGUCAGUGUGUCCUGGCAGGUCGGUGGAGAAGACGUCACCACUGGUGUGGCGACUGACAACGCUGCCCUGCGGAGGGAGGACAAGUAUUACACAAUCACCAGCAGGCUGAGGGUCUCUGCCAAAGAGUGGUACGACCCCAACACUGAAUUCAAGUGCACUGUCAGCUUCUACAAUGGGACAGAAACAACACCAUACUCAGAUUCAAUUUUUGGAGACAAAGCUAAAGAAGGUGUCCUGACAAGAGAGAAAUAUCUGAAGAUCACACAGGCUGCCAAACUCUCCUACGGUGUUUUCAUCGUCAAGAGCAUGGUCUACGGAGUCUUUGUGGCGUUCCUGGUGUGGAAGCUUCAGAAUUCGAGUGGAAAGCGGAACCACUGAGAGCUGAGCUGAGCGGAUGCAUUCUGGGAAGUCGAAAAUGUUUUUGUAAAUAAGCGCUGAACUUUGUAUGUUAUAGUGUAUUUGCAUUCUGCUAAAAUAGAUGAACAGUCAUGUGCAUAUUCUUGUUAAAGGGUAACUUCGGUAUUUUUUUGACAGGCUCAUAUUAUGAUUAGAAGUGUCUGACAACAUUAUAGAUAGGAUCCCUGCAGAGAUAGACCUUUUUGUUAGAGAGUAAGAUCAUUUUUAACUAAAAACAGCCUCAAAAUCGCUAUCGUCAAAACCAGCCAGACUCCAUUCAAAUAAAUAGUAAUUUUUGCAUGUACAGAGGCAGCAUAUAUUCAUAUAUAACUCUGUGAAUUGAAGGUUUGUUUCUACCAAACUAGAGUUGGUGAUUGCAGAACAGUGGAAAGACGAACCACAAUAAAUUUUCUGAGUUUGAUUUGGUUUCUGUUGGCUUUGAAUAAAGUCCGUUGUACAAUGAUAAAAUUACAGUUUAUUUAAAUGGAGUCUGGUGGGUGUGACGAUAGUGGUGUUUCUGUUUAAACAAAAAGGAUUUUACUCUAAUCUCUGUAGGGAACCUUUCCAUAAGUUGUCAGACACCUAUACUACCAAUCUGAGCCUGUCAGUGGCAAAAACAAGCACUUUAAAUAGACUCAAAUUGCUGGUGCACAAUUGCCCAAUACUGUUACAUUGCAGCCUGUUUCGUCGCUGCUGGUUGCUCACUCUUGCUCAAUAUUAAACCAAUUUCAAGAAUUGUUGUUCCCAUCAGUCACUUAGACUCAAAAGCAUGGAUAUAUAAAGUCCAGGUUGGAAAAUACUGAAUUUGCCCUUUAAGUUAUAACUGACAUGUAGAUAUGUUGACAUCACAUUUUCAUAAAUACUUCUGAUAAUAAUUUGUGGUUUGUGGUUGCAAAUUGCUUGUUUGCUUAAUUUGCUUCUCAAUAAAAGUGUUUCAGAGGAUCAAA